GCAGAGCUUCCCAAGGAAGUCAGGCGACCUCGCCUCCGGAUAUUCAGAAGUGCUAGUCCAGUUCUGGCAGCCUGAACUCUUCCUCCUUUUUUUGAAAUCCGAGAAUACUCUUCCUUCCAGGGAGAGAAACUGACCUGUAAUCCCAGCUACUCAGGAGGCUGAAGCAGGAGAAUCGCUUGAACCUGGGAGUCAGAGGCUGCAGUGAGACGAGAUCGCAACAUUGCAUUCCAGCCUGAAGUGCUGCUGUAGGUACUAUGGCUCCUGAAGUUGCUUUCCCUGCAGUAACUGGAGUCCUCCUCGUCGUCUUCCAGCUCCUCCGGGGGAUUAGCUUCAAUGAAGACCAGCAAAAGGAAAAGGAUCAGCUUGGCAAAGCCCCCAAGAAGGAAGAAGAAGCUGCCCUCCACAAAGACAUUUCUGGUUCAGGCAAGAGGUCACUGGAGAAGAACCAAAUUAAUUUUUGGAGGAAUCAAAUGACCAAGAAAUGGGAACCAAGCUUAAACUGGAAGACCACUGUUAAUUACAAAGACAAAGGCUCAGCAAAAGAAAUCCAAGAGGACAAACACACAGGAAAACUUGAAAAACCAAGACCAUCUGUUUCACACGGAAGAGCACAAUUACUUCGGAAGAGUGCUGAAAAGAUUGAGGAAACUGUUAGCGAUAGCUCCUCAGAAACUGAGCAAGAUGAAGAACCACCUAACCAUCGUCAGGAAGCAAGUGCAGAUUUGCCAUCAGAAUAUUGGCAAAUUCAGAAGCUGGUGAAAUAUUUAAAGGAAGUUCUAGAAGAUAUUUUGGACCUUGAUUUAUCUGUCUCAGAAACAGACGAUUUUAUCCAGCUUGUAAGUGGCGAAAAGACAGUGUUUGGAUCCAUUCCACUGGCUCAUCGAUAUGGGGGCCAGCAGGUGCCCGGUGUGUGUUGUUCUCCCUGGCGUGUCCAUGUGUUCUCAGUCAGCUCCAAUUUAUAACUGAGAAGAUGCAGUGUUUGGUUUUCUGUUCCUGUGUUAGUUUGCUGAAGGUAAUGGCUUCCAGCUCUAUCCAUGUCCCUGUAAAGGACAUAUCUUAUUCCUUUCUAUGGCUGCACAGUAUUGCAUGGUGUGUAUAUACCACAUUUUCUUUACUCAGUCUAUGAUUGAUAGGUAUUUAGGUUGAUUCCAUGACUUUCUAUUGUAAAUAGUGCUGCGGUGAAUGCACACAUCUAUGUAUCUUUACAAUGGAAUGAUUUAUAUCACCCUGGGUAUAUACCCAGUAAUGGGAUUCCUGGAUCAAAUGGUAUUUCUACCUCUGGAUCUUUAAGGAAUCACCACACUGCCUUCCACAAUGGUUGAGCUAUUGACACUUUCACCAGCAGUGUAAAAGUGUUCCUUUUUCUCCACAACCUUGCCAGCAUCUGUUGUUUUUUGACUGUUUAGUAAUAGGCAUUCUGAUUGGCAUGAGAUGCUAUCUCCUUGUGGUUUUGAUUUGCAUUUCUCUAAUGAUCAGUGAUGUUGAGCUCUUUUUCAUGUUUGUUGGCUGCAUGUAUGUCUUCUUUUGAGGAGUGUUGGUUCAUAUCCUUUGCCCACUUUUUAAUGGGAUGUUUUGUUUUUUUUCUUGUAAAUUUCUUAAGUUCUUUAUAGAUUCUGGAUAUUAGAUCUUUGUCAGAUGGAAAGAUUGCAAAAAUUUUCUCUCCUUCUGUAGCUUGUCUCUCACUCUAAUGAUCAUUUCUUUUGCUGCACAGAAGCUCUUUUGUUUAAUUAGAUCCCAUUUGUCAAUUUUUGCUUUUGCUGAAAUUGCUUUUGGCAAUUUUUUCAUGAAGUCUUUGCCCAUGACUAUGUCCUAAAUGGUAUUGCCUAUAUUUUCUUCUAGGUGAACCUCAGUUUUUUUAUCUGUAAUGUGAGAGGGCUGAUCCAGGUCAUUCCAGGUGUGAGAAGUGCUAUGGCGAAGACAUCUGCUUAAUUUUAUUUAAUGCACCAGUUUCCAAAUAUUUGACUGCAGUGUUUUGUUGUUUUGUUUAAGUCAUUACUAUUAACAUUUUGCUGAACUGUUUCUCUGUUUAGAAACUUCUGAACUAAAUGACCCUUUUGGUCUUUUCUAGUGCCCAAAUGCAGGGAUUCCACGGUUCAAAAAGCCAUCUCCCAUCUGGAUGAAAUGUAUUUGAAAGCAUCCUAUGCUGGUACUCACAUGCACUGUUGAAGUACAAAUACAAGCCUUAAGCCCUGCAGAGUUUUGUUAAGCUAUUCUUUUUUUGUAGGUGUGUUUUUUUUAGUACAUUAUAUAAAAGCUCUUAAUCAGUUUCACUUUUGUGCUUCUUCUUGAUCUGAAAUUGUGUUAUAAAUAUUUAUUUGUAAGGAUGACUUUGCCAUUUUAAGUGAACAGUGCAGAAAAUGGUUUCUCUUUUAUUGGUGGAAAACUAGCUUUCUGAUUCCCCUGAUUCACUCCUAGCUCUGCAAGUAUCAUUCUUUCUACUUCCUUUUCACAUUGUGGAAUAUACUUAAGGUAUUGUGGACUUUAGAACUUUCCAGAGCAACUCUCAGUCUUGUGUUCUUGCACUUAUUCCAUGGAUAAAAUUAAUUACUGGUGGUCUGUUACUGAUUAAAAUGAAAAGUUAAAAUACUGGAUAGAUUUUUCUUAAUUUAUUGUUUUUCUUCCAGAAAUUAGGCAUCUUCUGCAUCACGGAUGAGCUCAUUGAGAUCUAUGACUUUGCCUAAUAAUUAUAAUAAAAUUAUUCUAAGCCUGCAUCUCCAACCAGAUUUCUAUCUCCAGCUAGAAAUGCCUAUAAUCCAAUUACCUACUGAAAAUAUCCCACAUGAAUGUUUCACUGAACUCAACAUGUAAAGAAAACUGCUGGUCUGUCCCAUGACUGUUUGCACUUCGCAGCUGACCUGACAAUUUCCUACUCCUUCCCCAUGAGCAUUGUAAAUGUUCAUGCACAAUCUGGAAACGUAUGAAUGACCUGAGAUUUUCUCUGUCCCCUAGCUUUUUAAAUUCAAUAAUCACUAAACCAUAUUAACUGUACCUCUUUUCUGCCUUUGCUUUAUAUUUCCAUUGCCACUGGAAUACAAACUUAUUUAUUUUAUAUUUUUAUUUCCUGGUUAAACACGGCCCCUUAACUGAUGGCUUUUAUAGGGAAAAGGAAACCCUACCAAAUACUAUUGUUAUAUUUUAAGUUAAAAAAAUUCAGUAAAACAAAUCAAAAUAAAAUAAUGGCAAAGAAAGACCUACAUGUUUAAAUGUGUAAAUUGAACUUCUGAACUUGAUUUGUUUUACCUUGGAUGGGUCAAACUUUCAUAAUAAUUGAUACUAGGCCACAGAUUGGUGACAAAAAAAAAAAAAGACUAUAGCAUGAACUACUACAAAAGCUUCCUUUGUCUUUAAAU